UGGAAGCCUGAAGGUUACAGAUUUGGGAGCAAUGUGCGUCUUCUUUAUCUACUUGCUACCUUCUCUGCUGCUGGUCCUGCUAAAGCUUUUGCUUAGAUGGACCUGGAUUUGUCAUCUAGCAGACAGUACUGUUCAACAGUUGGGCCGCUGUAUGUGGAUUAUGGCCUGUAGACUUCUGAAACUGCCAUACCUUACAGUGUCAGAAGACAUAGGAGAAUGUCAGAAUGGGAUCAGAUUGAUCUGUAAACCCACAGCCCUUGCCAACCACCUGAAGAAACACUGCCAAGCUUUGUCGCAUCCUCCACUGGCAAAGUGGCCUCAUGCUGACCCUCAUCGUCAGAUAAUCACCGAUCUCCUGUGGCCCACAAAGGAAGGUGCUGAACUGAAAGCAGGUGUUCGCUUUACCAGGGAUAACCUUCUUCUAAAGGAUGGGGGUAUUGUAGCCAUGGACUGGGCUGUGUCUCUACCAGACCACCAAGCAGAGUCUAAAAAGAAUCAUCAUCAUCUUGGUGGAGCAGCUUUUGGAGGUCUCUCAAGAAAUCUGGCUAUUGUUAUUAUAAUUCCCAAUGCCCUGGGCAGAGUAACGCCGCACUUGCUCAGACUGUGCAGCCAGGCUUUGCAAGAGGGUUUCUAUCCAGUGGUGUUCCAUCGUCGCGGUCAUGGUGGUUGCCCACUAACCACUCCACACUACCAAGGGUUUGGAAAUCCCUCCGAUCUGGUCCAAGCAGUGGCUUACUUGCGAAGUCAUCAUCCAUCUUCAACUUUGUUUGCAGUAAGUGAGGGCUCAGGAUCUGGGUUGCUCCUGUCAUAUCUUGGGGAAUGUGGCUCUUCUUCCUACCUUACGGCAGCUGCUUGCAUAUCUCCUGUUUUCCAUGGACAACUGUGGUUUGAAAACAAGCCUCCUUGGCUGUACCACUGGAUAGACCUUAUCUACCGCAAGCUUCAAGUAAACAGGUACGCCACUGCUUUGAGCUGUGUGAUGGAUGUAGCAAAAAUUCUACACUGCAGCUCCUUGCGAGACAUGGAAGAGCUCAUGUUCUGUGCUACCAAGCAGCUUGAUCACAGUUUGUCAGGCUCUAUGGACUAUUCAAGAUUAUCUCAGAAGCCUGACUGGACAAGUUACUGGGAAAAGAAUGAGCCUUUGCGAGAUGCGGACGAAGUGGCAGUGCCAGUGCUAUGCUUGUGUAGCCAAGAUGAUCCUCUUCUUCCACCAGUCUACACUGUACCGGAGACGCUGUUUCAUAACAGCCCUUACUUCCUGCUGGCCUUGACGGAACAGGGAGGCCACUGCGGCUUCAUGAAUGAGGAUGGACGUGGAGGUGCUAAAUCCUGGAGUCAUUCUGUGGUGUUGGAAUACUUCAGAAUAGUUGCAGAUUUCUUUGGGGUAGAAGAGAAGAAAGGGUUAAAAGAUGUUCCUACACACUUUGGCAGCCAGGGCCUGACGCAUAGUGCAAGUGCAGUCUUUUCCAGGAGGAGGAGGUCAACCUUGCUCCGAAAAGAAAGAGCAAUCUUAAGUUCACGAAGACGGCAGGUCUCAACUCCCUCUGAUAUCUUCGAAGAGGACCAGGAGGUUUUUACUUGGAACAGAUCCUACACCCGCUAAGUGAGAGAAGCAUGUAGUGCCCUCAGAUCCUACUUUUCUGCUAAUGUUCAACAUCCUACCAUAAUGCACAGAACAUAUUCAAGGCAACCACAAGUUAUAGAUUAAAAAGAAGGGAACAAGAAAUAAUGAUUCACAGAAAGGAUGCGUAAGGGGCUUAAUUAAGCCAACAGCUUAAUCUAUACCAGGGGUGUCCAUACUUGGUCCGGGAGGGCCGGUGUCCUGCAGAUUUUAGCUCCAACUUGCCUCAACACACCUGCAAGGAUGUUUCAAGAAAGCCUAGUAAGAGCUUGAUUAGGUAGCCCAGGCGUGUUUGAUUAGGGUUGAAACUAAACUUUGCAGGACACUGGCCCUCCAGAAAAGAGUUUGGACACCCCUGGUCUAUACCAUUAGAUGCUAUAGUUAGCAAUCCUAUUUUCUUUGCACAAACUAAUCACCUGGAGUCAAUUGGCCAAGAUGUUUUCCCCCCAGUAAACAUGAUAGAAGAAUAAUGAGCCCCAUGCCAAAUGUUCAGCAUCUGAAUUCAAAUUUUCAGAAGAAUCAAAGGUGUUAAUUAUGUCAACAUCAAUCGUCGUAUUACAAUGGACAAACAUGUAUUAAAACAUACAAACGACAAUGAAUAUAUACUA